AUGGACAUUCAAAGUCCCCCGGAAGCGGAAGCGGGGCCAUCGAGACUGCGGCGAUCACAACCAAGCACACGACCGCUCAUUGUCUCGGACUAUCACUCAUAUCACCAUCCAUAUAUUGGCCCAUUGAUCGGCGGAGGAAACCAUAAGCGGAAUACCCACCAUGCGAAGAGAAACGCUCGACCAAAGCAGCAUCUUCAGCUCACGCCGUCGGGCGAUCCGACACCCGCACUUGGAUCCGGUACUGCGUCAUCUUCGUCUCGACGUUCAGCUGGCACCAAAACGUCUAAAGGCGGUGGCGGAACGAAUGGUCGUAAACGAGUGACUCGAGCUCAAGCCCGAGCGAGAGGUUCCUCAUCUCCCAUGACGGAUUUAGAAGCCAUAGCAUUGGAAGAUGCCGCUGUCAAAGGCGAGAUAAGUCGAUUAGGCCUAGGGUUGAGGGAUGUUCAAGGGGACGGAAAUUGUCUCUUUCGAGCGCUGGCAGAUCAACUUUGGGGAGUCGCUAGACGCCAUGGAGAAGUUAGAAAGCUGGUCUGUGACUAUCUUGAGACGAACAAGGAUGGAAUGGAAGCGUUCGUCUGGCCGUUCUUGAAGGAAGGAGAGGAUUAUCAAGGAUACGUGGAGAGGAUGAGGCAGCUCUCUCAAUUCGGCAGUCAUAUAGAGAUUCAAGCUGCGGCUAGAGUAUUUAGACGCAACAUCCGUGUGGUCAUGUCGACGACCUCCUUCACCAUUCCCUGGCAAACUGAGACCGAAUCUCAUCAAACGCCUCGACCUGACCAAUCUAUGGAAGAGGAUUACUUUACCAUUCCUCGGCCACGUACCAGAUCCAGCACCACCAAUCUUCUCAUGACGCCAGCUCUUCCACCUCCUUCCACCCCAUCCUAUGCCAAAACAUUGGCAGAGUACAUUCCUUCUAUUCGCCCUGGUCGAUCGAUGCUCUGGCUAGCCCUUUUCUCUCAAGCUGAACAUUUCCAAAGUAUCCGUCGGAAAGGUGAUGGCGAUUCUGGUCCGGCCGAAAUCGAAGAUCGGCUGGCUAUCCCUCAUGAAAAGGAUCAAUCGGAAGCUGCUCGUCGUCAGCGAGGAGAAGUCGUCGAGGGACCAUCUCAAGGUUCAAGUAGCAUCGCCUCUGGUGGCUCGUCUGUGGUCUCUCAAGUCCUUGCGUCGCUACCAGCAGGGCACGGCGUCUCCGAGGAUCGUGCAUCAGGAAUCCUCGCCAGAGUCAAGGGUGAUCUUGGCGAGGCUGUAGAGCUCUUACUAGAGGAAUUGCGCUUAGAAGGAAGUGAUCCUGAGCAGCAUGGUCAAGGAACAACCAGCAGCUCGGACGGAGGAUCGUCACCGACCACGGCUUCGUCGUCGAAUCCUACUUCCCCGUCCGAACAAGCGGACGACCAAGUCAAACCUCCGCUGCAGAAUGUCAGCUCAGGAGGUCGAGGUCCCAUUCGAGGGACUAGUCAUCGAGGAAAUGGUGGGGCUAGAGGAAGGGUAAGAGGUAGACCAGUGGCCGUUGCAGUAGUGUAG